GCACACUGCCCCCGACGGAAUGGGGAGAUUUUGUAUAGACUGCAAGCGGCUGGUGCUUUGUUGAGGGAUGCAUUGUCACUCAGACUGGCUGCUGAGCACGGAGACAGGAUGGAUGGAGAGCUUGUCGCCGAGGACCUGCGGGAGUUGGACGAGCCAUGUGACCCGGUGCGGAAUUGUGCAGGAGGAGUUGGAGACGGUGAUCGUGGUGAGGGUGGUACACAGCAGGGGCAGGAUGCCGGGACUGUGACAGAUGAGUUGCGAGGCGUUGAAGGUGUUGGAGAUGGUGGAGGGGAUGGAGGGGGAGCUCGGGUUACUGGCACAACGGCCACCACCUCCACACAGGUGGUGCCGAGGAGGAGACAGACGACCCUAGAUAUUCAUCUAGGGAGCAAGGUCCAACAGGAUCUUGAUCGUCUGUUGGCCCUUGCUAUCUAUCGAGGUGGAGUGCCCUUCAACUGGUUGCGGUUGAAGGAGACGCAAGGCAGACCACAUUGCUUGAGCUUGCUGCUCAGGGACAUUGCGUCGCAGCCUUGGGCGGCCACUGUCAUGAAGAAGGUGCACAAGUUAGUCAAGUUCAUGCGCAACAAACAGCGAGCCCUAGCACUUCACAAGGCCAUGAGGAACGUGCUAGUAUUGAAGCGACCAGCGAAGACACGAUUUGGGACAGCGUUCAUGAUGCUGGAGAGGCUAUAUGAGCAGAGGGGUGUGUUAGACAAGCUCGUGUCAGGGGAGUUGUGGGCGCAGGUGCGGUGGACUAGGGAUGCGAGGAGGGAUGAGCCCGAGGUGCACAGGAUGUGUAGAGACGAGUCUUGGUGGGAGAGGGUGAAGAUGGUCGUGGACGUCAUGCCCCCGUGCUACAGGUUCCUCAGGGGUAUGGACAGGGAUGGGUCACCACCCACAGGAUUGUGGGAUUUGGAGAGCAUACUGCGGGGGAGGGUCAGGGGCCUUGGACUGACAGAGGAUGAGAGGAGGGCGAUCAUGGAUAUCAUAUCCGACAGAUGCAGGAUGAUGUGUCAGCCUGCCCAUGCGGCUGCUUAUCUGUUGGAUCCUCGGCGUCGUGAUAUCUCGUUGCUGACGGACCGCAGCAGCCCAGUCGUGCAGAGCGCGCUAAACCACUUGGCUCGCUGUCAGGGUGCAGGUUGGGAGUCUGAUUCUUUGCAUAAGCUUUGGCAGGCAUUGUGGACUUUCCAUUGCGAGGACCCUCACUAUUGGCCGAAGAGUGGAGCGCACUGGUGGGACGAGUUUGCGGUGAAGGACGCGGCGGAGGGGGGGAUGCAUGCAGCGAUGUGGUGGGAGCUUCACGGUGGUCAGGAACCGAGACUGCAGACGAUUGCGAAGAGGGUUUUGGGUAUGUGGUCCACGGCCAGUCCUUGCGAGAGGAACUGGUCCACCCACGAUUUCAUCCACACGAAGAGGAGGAACUGCCUUUCUGCAGAGAGUGUCGAGAAGCUGGUUUUCAUUCACUGGAACUUGCAGUUCCUCAGUCCCAGCAGGAGGACGGACAGGCGGUACAUUGAUGUGUGGGAGGACCAGGUGGAGGACCCCGCGGAGGAGAUCGAUGGUGACGACAGUGUCCCCGCAGAGGUGCCAGAGGAGGAGUGGGAGGAGAUCGACAGGAGGAACAGGAGGAAGGAGGGCCGUAAUCGAUUUGGGAAGGGGAAGGCACCGAUGGAGGAUGAGGAUGAGGAUGAGGAGGGUGAUGAGGCCCUUUGGCAGGAUGCGGUGUGGAUGCACAGAGAGAUGAUGGAGGCGCAGCAAGAGCGGAGAGACGCAGGUCGUACGUUGCCUAAGGACCAGCAUGACUUAUUGAACGAGUGGGUUGGAGCGGACCCUCACACCGAUAUCGACGCCUACAUCGUGCAGAGUGUGGAUACCGUGAGGAGUCUACGGGGGAGGGUUGGGGGUCAACUAGAUUUGGAGGAGCUUUUGAUCGGGGAUGGCGAGGCAAGCAGCACAGAGGUAGGGCAGGAGGAGGAGAAAGGUCAACACAUUCCACAUUCGUCGAUUGCCGGAGAGGGAGGACAUAUAGGGGGUGUUCCAGUUGAUGCACGUACGUCGACUCCUGCAGCACCCCAUCACGCUGCUGAGAGGAUUCUGCGAGGGGCAGAGGAGAUGAUUGGGAGGGAGGGUCAUCAUGCGGAUGAGAGGCUGGAGGACACACACCACGUGCGCCAGGUCGCUGAGCAGGUUGUACAUCAAGGCAGCGGUUCACAGAGCAUCACUCAGUCGGUUGUCCAGAGGGUCGUGCUACGUGGCGGGGAUGGUGAUGGACUGGUGGCGGGCGGAGGUGGAGAGCAUAGGGUCAGUGACGUCAUUCGUCCUACAGUGGUUCAGACCUCGGAGCAGAGGAUUGGUUGUGCUUCCUCAGCGCACGUGAGCCAGAGGGUGGAUGACAGGGCGGACCCAUUACCAGCGUCUGUCGCAGAGCUUGGUGCGGAGCAGAGGGUGGAGCAGAGGGUAGAUGAGAUGGUGCAGGACAGGGCGGAGCAGAGGGCUGACCAGAGGAUUGAACACCGGAGAGAGCGGAGGGAUGGACAGCUUGGAGGUUCAGGUAGACGUUACCAUGGACGAGAGCGUAGUUCAACGGAUGGAGGACAGGGGCUGCGAGAGGAGGGGUGUAGCAUCUACACGCGAGAGUCGACGACAGUUGGACGUCAUGGUGGUGGCACUUCAUCUCCCGCAGUGUCCCCUUGCAGUUCCCUACACCAACCCCCAUCGGUGACUUUGAGACGCCCGGCUGAGCACGCGAGUCGAGCAUCCACUUCGUCAGCGGCGUCUGCCCCUCCUGUGCGUAGUCCAUUAGGCAUGCCACCGCUCCCUGCACGACUUCCAUCAGCCAUUGUUGAUAAUGUGAAGACAAGUCGUGCAGGCAGGAAGAGGAGGAGGGAGGAUGACGGAGGCGCAUUACCACCUCCUCCACGAUCGCCAGGUGGCACAGGCAAACCUCGUGGUCGCCCGCGAGGCUCAGGAUCAGGCAGGGGUCGAGGCAGGGGUCGUGAUUCAUGGGUGAUGAGUGCAUUGGGGGCAGACGACGCGGAUGAGGACGAUGUUGGGCAGGGCACCACUGCAUGCACUGAUGUGACGGUGGGUGUUUGCACGAGGUCUCAGGCCUCGAGUGGAGUUCGCAGUACUAAAUCCACUCGUAUCAUUGAUGACGAUUCAGAUGCCGCCUCAAGUGAUGGCCUUUCUGGUAGUGACUACGUGGAUGAGAGGGAUAGUGAGACUCGUGCCCGGGGAGAGGACCAGAGUGGACAUGACGAUAGCUCAGAUGGUAAUGGGCACGAGGAGGACUAGAGGGAUGUUCACUACUGAGCUGAGGGAUGUGUUCUGUCAUCGAUGGUUGUAGCAUGGAACUUGGGUUUUGAUGUUUCAAUUUCGUGU